GGACUGUCCACUUCAUUGCUCGUAUUGCGUUUGGGCAACAUGGCGGGAGAACAGCGGCCUCCACCGCGGGUUUUAAACGUCCAACGCUUCGCCGACGCCCGAUCUGCGGAGCUUCAGUCCCUCCACGCCAUCGUCGCCGAGCGUGUGGGCUCCGACUUCAGGGUUCCCCGCCGCACGCGGAGGAGGACUUCCAGUUUCCUGAAUCGCCGGAAUCCCAACUGCCGUACAAAGAGCAAGAAGAGAAAGCGUCAAGUAGGGCAAGUCUCCGGCGAAGAUGGGAGCACAACGGACCCUGAAGUGGCGAAAGAGAAGAAAUGUCAGAACAGGAGGGUUAGGAGGAGAAUGGAGUUCAAGGGAAACCCUAUUUCGGGGUUUAGCCUUUCCGGUGAUGGAACGAAAAGGCUGAGAACGCAUGUUUGGCACGCGAAACGGUUCGAGAUGGUGAAGAGAUGGGGGUUUUAUCUUCCUCUGGGUUUAUCGGGCAGAGGGAGGGGAUCGAGAUCGAUUUUGAAGCAGCUUAGAAGUGAAUGCUUUAUACAUGACGCAAGUUACUUUAGCACUGUGCAAUUGGAGGGUGCUGAGAAAUCCAUUUUGACGAUCUUGGAUGAGGUUUUAGUGCCACCACCUUCAAGUAUACCUGAGGAAUAUUCUAAGCCUAUUUUGAAUGGAGCUAGUUAUGGCCAGUCUAUGCUUUAUCAUGCUGGAGCUGAUUCUCAGGCGAUUUCACCUGUGACAUAUAUGUGGCGACCUUUAGUUCAGACCUCUACUCACCCUGGCACGGAGAAUGGUGCAACUGAUGUGCAUGACUUUCUGUAUGAGAAAAAGAAGCGUCAGUUGUGGAUCUGGUUACAUGCAGCAUCAUUCAAGGAAGGAUUUGAUGCGUUAGGAGCUGCUUGUGGAAGGCAGAUGCAUGCCGACGGUGUAGGUGUAAACUGUGUUUCACGUGAAGGGGAGCUUGGCAGAUUGGAACUAUUUGGCUCUACUGCCUUAAAAAUUUGUCAGAAGUUGCUGAAACCAAUGAGAGAGGCACGUAACAAUGCUGGAUGUUCUAAGUUAGUAAGUCCAGAUGUUGGGGAAGAGGGCACAAACUCAACUUUCUCAGAGUCUUUCAAUCUGGAACAUGCGGAGGACCUUGCUUCUCAUGCUAUUCUCUCUUUAAGUGUUGUAGACCCCCGUGUAGUACCUGUAAAAGAAACUACAUGCCCUUGGAUGGGACCCAAGGUUGAACCCAUUGCACAAAAUGGUAGUUUAGAAGAAAACAAUGGAUCAUGCUGGGAAGCAACGGGGAAUAAGAUAGAAGCUUUUAUGGGUACCUGGUUUGAACAUGAAUGGAAUUGUCUUGUCCCUGAUUCUAAAGAGUUGUGGGAAUCGAGUGCCAAAAAUUUGAGCUCUCCAAUGGAAGAAUCUCUUCUUUGUGCUGAAAAGCACCAGAGACGUUUGUCCUCCUUUUUCAUGGAUAAGAAAAAUCAAGAAAUAUGUACUUCCAAGAGUACUAACAAUUUCUCCAGGUUCUGUCCUAUUUUACUUUUGAGAAACAGCCAGAAGGACGUCUCCUUUUUGUGCAGGUGGUCCAUAAUUCUCCCUAUAAAUUGGAUCAAGGCCUUCUGGAUUUCUAUGGUCUCUCAUGGGGCGCAUGCAAUUGGUUUGCGGGAGAGAAGGUGGAUUGCUUGUGAGGCAAAACUGCCGUCCUUUCCUUAUGAUUUUCCUGAUUGCAAGGCGUAUGCAGACCACAUGGCUUGUGAAGCUGUAGCAUUUGAUAAAAAAGUUGAAGCUUUGCCUCCUUCAAGGAGACUUAUGAGGAUACCGAUCCCACCUCCAUGGAAUUGCAUAAAAUUGCCGAGAGAGGGCCGAUUACUAACUCAGAGCAAUGAAGUGUCUCCUUGUUUGCUGACAGGUGUGAAUGUUGGGUUGCAUGAUGACCGAGCCUUUCAGGGGUUCGUGGCGAGGACUUCUGCUUCUUUGCUCGGGUAUGUGAAUGACAUUCAUGUUGACGACAUGAUUCUGUACCCAGACACUGCAACGAAGGGCUCAUGUGCUGAGAUAGCCAAUGGAACGAGUCCUAAUUGGACCACUAGUGGGGCCAGCACUUCUCCAGUUAUUCAGAAAGGCUGUUUUGUGAGAACUGUUCUUUAUGCCAACAAAAGAGGAGUUUUUGAAGAAGGUGCCAGUGUAUGUGUGCCUACUUCUGAUGACUACUCCUUAUGGUCCAGACCCAAUGAACAAGAACAACUACAGAUUCCCUUAAUCCUAUUGAGAUCAUAUUUUACCCAGCAAUCUUUCCACAUGUGGCAGAUGCAGGUCCCUGAAAGUCCAGGCACCAGGCAAUUUCACAGGCAGCUGAUUGGGUUUGUUACGACUGAUUUUGUCCGUGGCAGUGUGAAGCCUGCAGCCGAGGCUCUAUGUGAGGCUUCAAUGCUUGCCCAACUCAGUAAGGAGCAACCAACACAGAAAGGGAAAGGAAAGAAUCAGAUCAUGGUUUUAGUCAGGAAUCCAAGAUCUACCGUGUACAGGCCUGGCCUUGCCACCGUUGUUCUUCAGCAACAGGAGGACGAUCUUUCGUUUGUGUAAACCGUUCUUUUUUCCAUUGUUUUGUUGAUAAUUUUUUAAAUCUUGAUCUGCAGUUUCGUUUUUACAUAAUUAUUGCCAAUCAAGUACACGAGGAAUGUUACCUCUUGGAGA